AUUUCCUCAAACUUAAUCUACAACUAUAAAAAUUUCACAAAAUUUGGCAAGAAGUUUUAUAAUUUCGAGUAGUAGGAGUGUGGAAUGAGAGCAAUGGCCGGCGACGCGGCUGAUCAGAGCCAUAGAUUCUUCGUCGCCGUUCACGUUGGUGCCGGAUACCACUCGCCGUCGAACGAGAAAGCGCUUCGUUCCGCCAUGAAGCGCGCCUGCCUCGCAGCCUCUUCUCUUCUCCGCAAGGGUACUGGCCGAUGUAUUGAUGCUGUUGUUGCUGCAAUUCAAGUUUUGGAGGAUGAUCCUUGCACCAAUGCCGGGAGAGGCUCAAAUUUGACUGUGGAUGGACAUGUAGAAUCUGAUGCCAGUAUCAUGGAUGGUGAUUCUGGAGCAUUUGGUGCUGUUGGAGCAGUGCCAGGUGUUAGAAAUGCUAUUCAAAUUGCUGCACUGUUGGCUAAGGAACAGACUUCAGGUUCAUCAUUGCUUGGUCGAAUAAACCCCAUGUUUUUGGUUGGUGAAGGAGCACGAACAUGGGCAAAGUCAAAGGGUAUUGUCUUGCCAACAGUAACAGAGGCUGAAGAGUGGCUGAUAACAGAAAGAGCAAAAUUGCAAUGGGAAGAGUUCAGAAGGAUGCUUUAUGAAGCCAACGCCACUGAAGAUGCUUCUAGAAAACUCACUGGUAUCUCCAAGGAGACUGCUGUCAUAUCAGGAUGGAUUCUAGGUACCUUUUGGGGAGCUUCAUCUGAUCCUUCGUUAUCUGAGGAACAUGAGCCUCAAUCCUGUGAUCAUUUGAACGGAGAGGAAGUUGAUGCUCAAUCUUCUAAACAUAAUGCACUAGAAGAGGGUAGUGUUAUGGAUACUGUUGGAGUUAUAUGUGUUGAUUCUGAAGGACACAUAGCAUCUGGAUCCUCAAGUGGUGGCAUUGCUCUGAAGGUUAGUGGACGGAUUGGAUUGGCAGCGAUGUAUGGUUCUGGUUGCUGGGCAUCCUCAAAAGGACCUUUUGGAGCACCUUUUAUAGUUGGUUGCUGUGUUAGUGGUGCUGGAGAGCAUCUAAUGAAAGGAUUUGCUGCCAGAGAAUGCUGCAUAUCUUCAUCUUUAUCUCGGGCUGGUCCAGCCUCGGCAUGCACAAAAGUAUUGCAUGGCAUAAUUCAAGAAAAAAGUCAAAGGAUGACUGAUAUAAGUGCUGGGAUCCUUCUAGUUGAAGCUGAUGCUCCUAAACUGGCUCCUGGGGGUUCACCACAACUGAAGGCUGUUGAGAUGGUAGCUGCAUAUACUUCCUUGUCAUUUGGUAUAGGUUAUUUUGGAAACAAUCUGCAACGCCCCAAGGUAUCAAUACUUCGAAAUAUGAGGCAGAAGAAUGAAGCUAAAAUAGAUCAGUUUGCAGCACGGGUUAAUCUUGUGGGCGAGAAUCAGACGACGUAGCUGUGAAGUAGAAGAAAAGAGUAAACUCAGGCAAAAUGACUCUGCUUUUGGACCUGGUGAUGUUGUGCACUGCCGAAGACUUCUAUCUCUACGUAUCAGUAGAUUGUUUCCAAUCUCCGGAGGAGGCAUGCUUCUCUAGUAGUAGCAAUCCAAAAUUAAAGAGAGAGACUCAAUCCUCGCCGAGAGAGAUGUUUUAGGAAGUGAACCUGUAAUAGUGAAUCCAGGUGACGUGAGUGUAUUUGGAUAGGAGAUUAUUUGAAAUAAUUAUUAGAGCACUUUUUAUAAUAGUGAUGUAUGUUAGAUAAAAAUGUUGUUGAAAAGAUAAAAAGUUGAUUAGAAAUUGUAAUUGUGAAACAAGCAAAAUAAUAGCGAUCCAAAACUUGUUUUUCUUCUU